UGCUCUCUCUGCCUUCGUGGCAGAUACAUGACGUCAUCUCUGUUCUGACUUCUCAACCUGAGAAAAUCCACCGCCAUAGCCAAAACCUCGUUCCGGACGAGCCAGCAUUUUCCAUCACUCUUCUUCGUCAUCUGACCGAAGCGGGGUGACGCAGGGAUCGAGAGGCGUAAUCCGCCCGCAAAAGGGUCCCCAAAGAACAUGUCUUUAUCCGCCGCCGACGACCGUCGGAGAUGAAUUUCUUUCCGUGGGCUGAAUCCAAAUGACGGCGGAGGGCGGCGGCAAUCCGGGCAAGGACGAGCGGUGGCCGUCGUCGAAGAGGAGCCGUCCUGGGGAGAAGCAGGAAAGUUUGAAGCUUUACGGCGUAUUCGUGUUCGGCUUGAUUGGCUCCCUUGUCACCACUUUCGCGGUGAAUUUCGUCAUCUUCAUCAUGCACGUGUUUGACGAAUUGCCUGUGUUGGCAAGCCACUGGGAUUGGUGGGUUUUGCAGCUACGGAGAAAUGUCGAUUUGUUCUAUUCUCAGAUACCCAAGUCCCAGGCAUCAGGAAGAAAAACAUUCCGUUCAGCUUUUCAGGAGGAAGCAUGGAGGAGGUAUAAUCAGCGACUUGAGGAGGCCUAUGAAGAGGAAAUGGAACGAGUGGAGCGUAUAAGGCGAAUGCAAAGAAUCUUUAACAGAGAGAGGACCAAAUAUAGAAGGAGUUACGAGAGAUGGAGUCGAAAUGAUCCUGGUGCAUACAAUUACCAUUUCCAGCAGGACGAAUGGUAUUGGAAAGCUCACGCAUCCUAUGGAGAUCAUUGGACCAAUUUCAAGGAAACGUCAAGGGAUAGAUCAACUUACCCAUUAUCACACCAUUAUUCAGUUUUAGGUCUUGACAGAUCCCGAAGAACACCAUACACUGAAGCAGAAAUCAAGACAGCAUUUAGAGCCAAGGCAAAGGAGUUCCACCCAGAUCAGAACCAGAGUAAUAAAGAAGUUGCAGAGGCAAAGUUCAAAGAAGUCAUGACGUCCUACGAAGCUAUAAAACAAGAACGAAAAAACAAGAUGUACUGAACCUCAAGUUCGCACAGCCAUUGCAUUUUGUGGACAUGCAUGAAUUUCGGCCCGGGGGUGUCUGGCGCUUGUAAAGAAUAACAUGGAAAUGGUUAAAACAGUCAGGCCUCAAAGUUGCUGUUCUCGAAUAUCUUUGUAAUUAUACAUUUUGUUGACAUGACGCUAUCAACUAUAUAUCAUUAUGGAGAAAUGCAUUGAGUAUGGCUGAGUUCCGACUAUA